AUGUUCGAGGGUGCGAUUGGCAACAGAGGAAUGCUUGAGCUGAUCGAUGCAGACACCGAGGCCGAGCUCUACUACGAUGCGACGGUGGAGAGCAACCGGGUCACCAUCCAUGGCCCAUUCCAUCCAGGUCGCAGGUACUCUUUGCGAUCUUCUGCGUCCGCACUUCUCGAUCUGGCUGGCAAUCGAGCUCUCAACAUGCCCUUGCACCCUGAGAUUAUAGAAAUCAGCGAUGAUACGGAUGGUCCGGAGGUCGAGCUGCCCAUGCACGGCGAGACACAGAUGCACGACACUUUCUCUAUUCGGUUUGAUGAAGCCGUACUGCCUGGGAACAGCUCCAUAAUGCUGGAGUCCAUGCCGCCACAAUACUGUGGCAUCGGCUGCGGCAGGCACGAGGUCAGCUCUUGGUCCCUGACCGCGCUGUGGCAUGUGCACUUUGAAGAGAAUGGUGGCCUACGCAGUCUUCUGCAGGUGGUGCCAGAGAGGCCGCUGCUUCCAGGAUUCACUUAUGCUCUCGUGGUUCCUCCAGAGUUGGCUAUUGACACAGUCGGCAAUGUCCAGUCCGAAGGGGCCUCCCGCCAUUAUGUCGCAGCGUUGCAACGGGAUGUUACGCCACCACAUCUCGUUGCCGCAAUGAUAGACGGCCGGGCUGCGCCGACCAUCUUCGACCAGGAUGCCUCAGCCAGGGGGCUGGAGCUGGUCUUCAGCGAGUCUCUGCAACCGCUCGACACAUCCGCCUCCCCACUUUUGCUGGUCCCGGACAACGGUGGAGAUCGCUGCAGCGGGAAUGGUGCCUGUAUGCCACGCAGGAACUGCUCGUUUCCGUGCAGCUUCAUACCAGCGAGCCGGUCAGUCGCCAUUCCAGCAGCCAGCUUGGAAAUGAGGGGGGCCGUCGUCAGUGUGGACCUGGCGCACUUGCCGUCGUUGGAGUAUGGCCAUGGCUACAGGCUGCACGUGCUGGAAGAUCUAUUUCUCGACAUGGCUGGCAACGCAGGUGUUUCCGCAGAACGCAGUGGACCAGCUGUGUUGGUCUUUGAGGUGGCAAACUCCAAGGAUGAAGCUGCAGAUGAUCCGGAGAUCGUGGCGACCUUUCCGGCAGAUGGAGAGCUGAUGGUGCCGCAAACCUCGGCCUUGCAGAUCACGUUUGACAGGCCCAUCCAGGUGGGUUCGGGAGACUUUGUCCUCGUGCCAACCAGGGAACUCAACGGGAGUGUGUAUGGCAACCGAGGGCAGAAUGCCUCCCGAAGUGAUGAGCACCAGCAUGAUGUCGACGAUGAGAACAACAGCGAUGACAACCAGAGUACCAGAAUGUGGGGAGACGACAGCUCCGCUGGUCCAAUGCGCCCGAACUUCACGGCAAUGGCAGAU